GGCCGGACAGUGGCAGUGCAGGGUAUAAACGGCCUCCCUGCACCCUGCUUGUGCUCGCUCCCUGGGAGCGCACAGCACCGCGAUCCGGUGCCCGCUGUGUCCUCUGGACACAGUGAAACAAUGAUCAUCGGACGGGACCGAAAUUGGUUAAAGGAUCUGCUGCUUGGCUUGGUGCCAAAAACCACAACAUACCUACAGAGAUCUAGUGGAGUCUAUGCCUCAGUGGGUUAUGUCAUUGAGAAGUACUGAGUGAGCUGUGAUUGGUCACAGCUUGUCACAUGGUACAAGGCUGUUGUGAAUAGCCUUGUACCAUGUGACCUCUGUGAUCAUUCACAGAU